CUCUUCUCCCUCUUUUCUCUCUUUCCCAAGUUUCUUGAGGGUAUUUUAUUUUCCAGGCAACCAAACAAAUAGAAACAUGAGUGACAUACUAACUGAAGAACAGGUUGCUGAGUUCAAAGAAGCCUUCGAUUUCUUCGACAAAGAUGGGGAUGGUUGCAUUACAGUGGAAGAGUUGGCAACAGUGAUAAGAUCCCUGGAUCAAAAUCCAUCAGAAGAAGAGCUUCAAGACAUGAUAAAUGAAGCUGAUGCUGAUGGAAAUGGAACUAUCGAGUUCUCUGAGUUCCUGAACUUAAUGGCCAAGAAAAUGCAGGAAAGUGAUGCAGAGGAGGAACUUAGAGAGGCUUUCAAGGUUUUUGACAAAGAUCUAAAUGGAUAUAUUUCAGCUUCUGAGCUGAGGAAUGUGAUGAUGAAGCUUGGUGAGAAAUUGAGUGAUGAGGAGGUUGAGCAGAUGAUCAAAGAAGCAGAUUUGGACGGUGAUGGUCAAGUUAACUAUGAUGAAUUUGUGAAGAUGAUGACCACCAUUGGAUGAAC